AUGGUACAUGAAGAUGCACAAGCGCGCGAGAGUGCACAUGCAAAUAAUCACGUCGACAAUCGCUCCGGAUACGACGUGAUUCUAGUCGGGGCAGGCAUCGUAGGAUCUGCGUUGGCCACGUCGUUAGCACGCGCAGGACGACGUGUCCUCGUGCUUGAGCGUGACAUGAGUGAGCCAGACCGCAUUGUAGGGGAGCUUCUACAGCCUGGAGGCGUUCGUGCACUACAACUGCUUGGGUUGGAAGACGCGCUUGACGGUAUCGAUGCGGUUCCUGCUGAGGGCUAUGAUAUUUUUCUGAGUCCCCGCGAACAUGUCAAGAUACAGUAUCCACAUAUGGCCGAGUUGCCCACCCGAUACGGACGCAGUGAGCCGCUGGGCCCAGACAUGCAUUAUGCGGGUCGUUCAUUUCAUCAUGGUCGUUUUAUUAUGGCACUACGCUCCCGCAUGCAAGCGCAGCCCAAUGUGUCGGUUGUUGAAGCAGCUGUUACCUCCCUUGUGCAUGACCCACGAGACCGUCGUGUGGUAGGUGUACGUACGGCGACGUCCGACGUAUAUCAUGCUCCAGUUACUAUUGUAGCAGACGGAAUCUUUUCAAAGUUCCGUAAAGAGUACGGCGGCGCUUACAAGCCGGAGAUUCGCUCACACUUUGUCGGGAUUGAGUUACCACCCGAGUCUGUACUGACGCCAAAACAUGGCCAUGUUAUUUUGAACCAAAAGGCUGCGAAGAGAGUGGCUCCCGGGAAAAGUGUAGGGCCCGCACUCGUUUAUCAAAUCGGUUCCGACGCCACGCGCUUGCUCGUGGAUGUACCGGGACCUGUGCUGCCGUCUGUGUCGAAUGGCGAUUUGCAACGCUACUUGAGUGAAGUUGUCGUGCCAUGUCUUCCUGAAAAAAUUGGCGUGGCAUUGACCAAGAGACUUGCAGACCAUACACGUCUGCGGACCAUGUCGAACAGUUUUUUGCCGCCCAGCAUGCAAGGUAUGCUGCAGCAUCAGCGCGGCCUGAUUCUAGUGGGCGAUGCGAUGAACAUGCGGCAUCCCUUGACGGGUGGCGGCAUGACAGUGGCGUUUUGGGACUGUGUAUACUUAACACACAUCCUCGGCUCCGGUGCAUGGUCGCCCCUAGACGGCUUUGACAACACAUUCCCAGUGCCAGCUUCUGCGCGUGAUCUCUCAGAUUGGACCAGUUUGAAACCACUACUGCGAGCUUGGCAUUGGAAGCGAAAGAAGCUCGCGAGUGUAAUUAACAUACUUGCUAUGGCGCUGUACAGCCUGUUUGGUGUGCCGAAUGACAACCUCACAAUCCUACGUGCUGGAUGUUUCCGCUACUUUGAAUGUGGGGGAGAUUGUGUUCGAGGUCCGAUCAGCUUGCUCGGUGGACUUGCUCCCGAUCCAAUGCUCCUCGUGUACCACUUCUUCGCUGUUGCCGUAUACAGUGUUCGGUUGAUGUUCCGUGGCGACCUCUACGCGACGGGGGGCGAGAAGUCUCAGGUACAACGUCCCCCUCUGACUACGUGGCCACUGCUAUGUGUUCGUGCACUGGUUGUAAUGGCAUAUGCAUGCUACGUGAUUUUCCCUAUCAUUUACACGGAAAUUCGCACGAAUAUCGCUACGAAUCAAAGAGCUUGGUUAUGGCCCAGCUGCCUCGCCCUUGGUGUUGCUGUGGUCGCCUUGGGCGCGUCGCGUUACGUGACGUGA